AUGCCUCCUAAGAAAGUCGUCACACCUGCUGGUCCCAAACCGGCUACGACCACAAGCACGACCUCAACACCUCCAUCAUCCCAGACAAAGAGUGCAUCAGCUUCGAAUCUAUCAAGACAAGCACAAUGGCACGAGGUUGCUUUGCACGUUUGGCACAAGUAUCUAGAUGAUACGCCCAAGAGGACCAUACUAUUGGACGUGUUUAUGCUCUUCCUGGUUUUACCUUUCAACGCUUUCCUCUCCGGCUUCGGUGCCUGCGUUGGCCAAUUUGUGCUGACAGCCUCUCUACGAAUGCAGACUGCCGAAAGACCGCCGCCUACUGCUUCGGCCGCAGCAAAGAAAGCUGCCACGAAGUUCAACGACGAAGGCUUCGAAGAGAAAGAUGAAGAUGGCAAACCUGUUCAUAAAAUCAGUUCGGAAAGGGCAUUUGCCGAUUAUGUGCUGGGAAGUCUGAUCCUGCAUGCUUUCUGCGUCAAUUUCAUUAACUAG